AAGAUAGCUGUCAUUUAGGGCUAACAGCAUGAAGCUCUUAGGUACGAUUCCUAUCAAAGUUCUUCAUCCUCUCUUGAAGAAUCAGAAAAUUGGUGUGGUUUUCGGGAGUUGAGUGAAGAAGUAUGGUGAAAGCAUACACACAAGAAUACAUGUACAAGCACCCAUGGGAAAGGGUAAGUUGUGCAUCUUGGCGCAAGUUUGCAGACAAAGAGAACAAGCGCAUAUUAUCACAUAUCCUUGACGUUGACACAUUGAACCGAAGCCUUGACCCUUCAUCGGGGAAGCUUUAUGCAACACGUGUUAUCACCGUCCAUUGUCCUGGACCAUGGUUUGUCCGCAAGAUCAUCGGUCAGGAUAUUUGCCACUGUUUGGAAUCAACGGUUGUGGAUGCACGAUCGCGCUCGAUGCAACUAACUUCCCGUAAUAUUAGCCUCCAGAAGUUCAUAGAUGUUGAGGAGAAGAUCCGGUAUGAUCCGCAUCCGGAUAACCCGACCGGGUGGACUAUUUGUCAUCAGGAGACCCGGAUCCGGAUUAAGCCAUUGUCAACUCUGGCAUCCAUGGCUGAAAAGGUGGAACAACGUUGUGCUGACAGGUUCCUUCAGAACAGUUUCAAGGGUAGGGAGGUUAUGGAGAGGAUCUGUAAAUAUCUUGAAGCAGAAUCUGGUACCCUUGGUUUGUGAUUCUCUCUGUAGUUUAGAUUCUUAUAUUUAUAAAUAACUGAGAAAAUAAUGUAACAGUCAAGACUUGGAAUGGAAUGGAAAGUUUAAGCUUGCAUCUAAAUCUUAACAGAACUUAAUGUAGUAUCUUGAAUCUCUUUCUGUUGGAAUCUUGAUUAGGCCUUGAGAGUGAGUGGCUUUGGGACAUUACUCUGUUGUUGUUCAUGGUUUGA